GGAGUUCAAAUUGAUUAUGCGGUGGAUGUUUGGUCUUUAGCUUCACUGUUGCUUUGGAUUCUUAUAGGGGAACCUUUUGCUCAAGAGAUGAGGGUUUAUUUGCGGUAUAUAAUUGAAUGUGAUGAAAUGCAUUGUGAUUUUUUUGGAUGGUAUACAGAGUGGAUGGAGAGGAUUGUUUGUUUAUUUGAAUGUCAAUUGAAACCUGAAUUUAUACCUUUAUCGGAUAUUUUCUGUAAGUGUUUGGAUUUCAAUCCUGAAAACCGCUCACCCGUGAUUGAACUAUGGAAAAGCUUGAGAGAAGUGAUGGUCAAACCAGAUAUUGAUGUCUUAACUAACUUAAAACAGGUAAAGAACCAGCAUAGUAUUCCUCUUUGCCUGCUUUUCGGAGAGCUCUGUCUAUCAAAAUGCCUAUCAAUCUGCAGGGCCAACAAACAAUCUUCUGAUGGAAAAGAUGAUGUGGAAGAUGAAAUCUUGAAGGUUGGUAAGGAUGUUGUUGACAGCAUACCUGAUGGCCAGAUCAAAUGUAUUGAUCUGAUAGGACAUCGUGAUUGUAUAACAUGCUUUGCUAUUGGAGGGGGUUUCCUUUUCAGCUCAUCCUUUGAUAAAGUGGUCAAUGUGUGGUCUUUGCAGGAUUACUCUCAUGUACAUGCAUUUAAAGGGCAUGAGCAAAGAGUUACUGCUGUCAUAUUUGUGGAUGAUGAACAACCUAUGUGCAUUAGUGGUGACAAUGGGGGUGCCAUAUGCAUUUGGGUUGCCACUGUUCCACUGGGACGAGAACCAAUAAUUAAAUUAUAUGAGCAAAAGGAUUGGCGGUAUAGUGGUAUUCAUGCCCUUGCUGUAUCAGGAAACAACCAUCUAUACACCGGCAGUGGAGACAAGUCAAUAAAAGCUUGGUCACUGCAGGAUUACACAUUAUCAUGCACAAUGACAGGUCAUAAGUCAGUUGUUUCUUCACUGGUAAUUUGCAAAGAAGUCCUUUACAGUGGAAGUUGGGAUGGAACUGUGCGAUUAUGGUGUCUUAGUGAUCACAGUCUGUUGGCAGUGCUUGGGGAAAAUAUGCCUUCAAACUUGAAUUCGGUGCUAUCUGUUGCUGCUGAUGAGGAUUCACUUGUUGUAGCUCACGAGAAUGGCAUUGUUGAGAUGUAAUACUACAAGAGUUACCAAGAAAGGGAACUAUUCCAGCACACGCGUGAUUCUGAAUUCAUGCAUUGUCAUUUUCUGGUAAAGCUCUUACAUAAUAAUCAUCUGAUUGGUCAGAUCUGGUGUAAUGAUACGCUACUGAAAUCUACACAAGCGCACAAUGGCGCUGUAUUCUGUGCCUGCAAGAAGGGGCGAUGGAUCUUCACUGGUGGGUGGGACAAGGUUGUAAAUGUACAGGAACUAUGCGGGAAAGAUACUCAGAUAGAUGCCACUGCGUUUGGAUCAAUUUCUUGUGAUUCUGUGGUAACUGCCCUUCUAUACUGGCAAGGCAAGCUUUUCAUUGGACAAGCUGAUAGAGUAAUCAAGGUAUACUACUCUACGGAGCAGUAAUUUCUUGGAAGAACGUUCAAAUGCAAAAAGUGUACAUUAUAGUGUUACAAACCAACAAUACAUUUCAAAACAAUGUGGAAAGAAAGAACUGUAUAGAGACCCCUAGUGAGAAAAGGGGAGCACAUGCGUACAUACAUUGGAAGAGUUAUUUGAUUAUGGCUAUAAAUUGCCUAUAGUGACAAGAAGCCUGCAGGUACCCCGGAGUAGCAGCUGCAGUGGCAUUUGGGGAAGGUGUAGCAGGUUGAUUUGGUAGAGAGAGAGCCAAAGUCGUAUUCAUGGGAUGGGAAAUGAUUUAGUUGAGAUAAAUGUAGGCGUUUAAGUGAAAAUUUGGGGGAACUUUAAAUUUUCGUGCUUUAGUGCAUUGUAAUUAGUAAGAAUCCUACAAAAAAAUUUGGAGGGAAUUUAUACUUGUAAUUGUAUGACUGGACGAGCACUAUAGAAUCAUCACUUCAAUUGUCAUUUGUGUAGUUUUUACUCUUUUAGUAGUC